UUCACUCACCUCCCCUACAUUUCCCUUUCUCCCAAAAUCAUCAACCCUCUCAAUAUAGCUUAUAAAAAUAAAUAAAUAAACAAACCCUCUCAAUCUAUUAUAAACACUCAACACACAUCACUCUUCUCCACCACUAACUCUCUCUCUCACACACACACACAAACACACACAAUCUCAAACUCAAAAUCUCCAUCACCACCACCAUGCCUAACAAUGACACCACCCCACCAAAACCCUCCAAAUCCACUUCCUUUUUCAAUUGCAAAAAAACAAAUCUUUACUCUCUUUUAGCCUUCCUUUGCAUCAUUUCCUAUCUCUUAGGCUCAUACCAACACAACAUCACAACAACAACAACUCCAAAUUUCCACAUCAACAAAAUCUCCACAACAAAUUGCCUCCAAAACCCACCAACUUUUUCAACACCCACAAAAAAAAUACCAAAACCAAAAACAAAAACAAAAACAACAAACUUAGAUUUCUUCUCACACCACAACGCAACAACAUUAACAUACACAACAACCUCCACCACAGCAUCAACAAAAAAAAAUCAUUACCCACCAUGCACCCCCUCACUAACAGACUACACCCCCUGCGAAGACCACGCGCGUUCACUAAAAUACACGCGCGACAAAAUGAUAUACCGUGAAAGACACUGUCCUAAUAAAAAUGAAAUCCUUAAGUGUCGUGUUCCAGCACCAAACGGUUACAAAAACCCAUUCCCAUGGCCCACAAGUAGAGACAUGGCAUGGUAUGCUAACGUCCCUUACCGUCAUUUAACGGUGGAAAAAGCUGUUCAAAAUUGGAUCCGUUUUGACGGUGAUAGAUUCCGUUUUCCUGGUGGUGGAACAAUGUUCCCUGAUGGAGCUGAUAAAUAUAUUGAUGACAUUGGAAAGCUUAUUAACCUUAGUGACGGUUCAAUUCGAACUGCUGUUGAUACUGGAUGUGGGGUAGCUAGUUGGGGAGCAUAUCUUCUAUCACGUGACAUAAUAACAGUAUCAAUAGCACCAAGGGACACACAUGAAGCACAAGUUCAAUUUGCACUUGAAAGAGGUGUUCCUGCAAUUAUUGGAGUCUUAGCUUCAAAGAGGUUACCUUUUCCUUCAAGGGCUUUUGACAUGGCACAUUGUUCUCGUUGCCUUAUUCCAUGGCCUGAAUAUGAUGGACUUUAUCUAAAUGAAAUUGAUAGAAUCCUACGUCCUGGUGGGUAUUGGAUUUUAUCUGGACCACCAAUUCAUUGGAAGAAAUAUUGGAAAGGAUGGGAAAGAACAAAGGAAGAUUUGAAUGAAGAACAAACCAAAAUUGAGAAGGUUGCUACAAGCCUUUGUUGGAACAAGUUAAUUGAAAAUGGUGAUAUUGCUAUUUGGCAAAAACCUAAAAAUCAUUUUGAUUGCAAAGCUAACACUCAAAAUAGACCUUUUUGCAUGGUGCAGAAUAAUCCUGACAAGGCUUGGUACACAAACAUGCAAACAUGUUUGAUUCCACUCCCUGAAGUGUCCAACAAAGAAGAAACUGCUGGGGGUGCAUUAAGUAAUUGGCCUCAAAGAUUAAAAUCAACCCCACCAAGAAUUUCAAAAGGGACCAUAAAAGGUGUCACACCCCAAACUUUUUCAAAAGACAAUGAACUAUGGAACAAAAGGGUAUCAUAUUACAAAAAAGUUAAUAAUCAACUUGGAAAAGCUGGUAGAUAUCGCAAUCUUUUAGAUAUGAAUGGUUAUUUGGGUGGAUUUGCAGCUUCACUUGUUAACUAUCCAAUUUGGGUUAUGAAUGUGGUUCCUAUUCAAGCUAAAGUUGAUACACUUGGAGCAAUUUAUGAAAGAGGGUUGAUUGGAAUGUAUCAUAAUUGGUGUGAAGCUAUGUCUACUUAUCCUAGAACUUAUGACUUAAUUCAUGCUGAUUAUGUGUUUAGCCUUUAUAAUGACAGAUGUGAAUUGGAAGACAUAUUGCUAGAAAUGGACAGGAUUCUAAGACCAGAAGGAAGUGUAAUAAUUAGAGAUGAUGUUGAUAUAUUGGUCAAAGUAAAGAGUAUAAUCAAUGGCAUGAAUUGGGAGAGUCAAAUUGUGGACCAUGAAGAUGGACCUCUUGAAAGAGAAAAGCUAUUAUUUGCUGUGAAGAAGUAUUGGACCUCUCCUCUCUCCAAUGAUAAUACUACUUAAAAAUAAAAUUGUCACAUAUUUUUGAAAGUGUACUUUUAGAUGAUAAAAAAUUAUAUGAAAGUAUACUUUUGAAUGGCAUAAAAUAUUGUUUUUGGCAAAUGUGCACACUUAGAUUAGGUGGUAAUGUUUUUUGCUACAUGUUAAAUUCAAUUUUUAGUUUCUUAGAAUCUACUUUAUUUUUAAUU